AGUGAGAAAAAAAAAAAACAUCAUUCAUCCCUAAAAAAACAACCAACCCAAUAAAACACUCACCUACUUUUACAUACACCCUUCUUCUUCUCUUAUAUCAACCCUCUUCUUAAUUCAUUCACCAACAAAAAAUAAAAUUUAUGUAAGAACCCUAGUUAAAAAAAAAAAGUCGUUUUUAAUAUUGAUUUGUACUGAAUUGAAUUAAAUUGAAUUGAAGUGAUCGUUACAAUGAGUUGUGCAAACCCUGGGAGUAGUAGUAGCGGAGGGGGAGGGGGAGGAGGAGGGAGUGGAGGAGGAGGAAGUGGCGGUGGCGGACCGUGUGGUGCUUGCAAAUUCUUGCGUAGGAAAUGUGUGGUAGGGUGCAUAUUCGCCCCGUAUUUCGAUUCGGAACAAGGGGCUGCUCAUUUUGCAGCGGUGCACAAGGUGUUUGGAGCAAGUAAUGUGUCAAAAUUGUUGUUACAUAUUCCUGUGCAUAAGAGGCUUGAUGCUGUUGUUACCAUUUGUUAUGAGGCUCAAGCUAGGCUUCGUGACCCCGUUUAUGGUUGUGUUGCUCAUAUCUUUGCUCUUCAACAACAGGUUGUGAAUUUACAAGCCGAGCUCUCAUACUUGCAAGCACAUCUGGCACACCUAGAAGUACCAACACCACCACCUCCGCCGCCACAACCACUAAUGCCGCCACCACAACUAUCAAUCGCCGACCUUCCAUCAGCAUCCACCGUGCCCGCCACCUAUGACCUAUCCUCACUAUUUGACCCAAUGGUCCAACCAUUAUGGGCCAUGCAGCAACAACAACAACAGCUACAACAGCGAGGCCCAAUGGACCAACGCUCAUAUGGAUCAGGUGAAAGAGGCCCAAACAUUGGGCCUUCAUCUAACGUUGGAGGAGGUGAUCUACAAGCAGUGGCACGUGAGUUCCUUCAUAGACAUGGAUCACCAAAUUAUGGGCACAUGCAUGAUCCAUCACCUUCAUCAUCCAUGUCUAAAUGAGAUAAUUUGACCCCAAUUUAACAUCAAGUACUUGACCCGAAACCGUUUUAAAAUGGUUCAGAUUAGGGAAUUUGGGUUUAUAUCAGUACAAUUUGGAUAACUGAUUUGCCCUUUGUCGUAAUUAUUAUUGUUACUAUUAAUUUUAUUUUUUCUAUUUAUCUUUUAUCUUGCCUUAAUUGGAAUUUUAUGUUAU